UACCAAAUGACAAAACGUUGCACGUGGAGCGCAGGAACGUUACAGAUACAUUUUCUGUAAAAUAAAAGUGAACAAGUCCACUUUGGUCGGUGCAGUAAAUUUGUUUAUAACUUAAAAAGCACAAGUUAUUUACCACGAUGUUCCUGCAAUUCUAUUUGAACGAGAAUGGGGAGAGAGUUUACACAUUGAAGAAGGUGGAUCUAUUGGGCCAGCCCACCAGCUCUGCCCAUCCUGCCCGCUUUUCGCCUGAUGACAAGUUCUCCAGGCACCGGGUGACCCUGAAGAAACGCUUCGGCCUCCUCCUGACCCAGCAGCCUAGACCCAUACUAUGAUUGAAGCAUGGAACAACAUUUUCCCAAUAACUUAUGGCUGAUUAAUGCAACAUGGCUGACCCAAACUGUAGGCCCAAUGCGUUGGCUUGGAUAUUUUUUUCUUCACAUUGUCCUUUCCAGCAUGCUGUGAUAUGUAACCAGUACAGCUCAGCAUUGUCAUGUAUGUGUGAAUCAGGCUUUGAUUCACACAUUAUCAAUUGAUUUGAGAGGCUCGCUCCUCCAUUGUUUGACAGACAUGGGCCAAAGGGGUGCCCGGUGGCUGUUGUUUGUUGACAUCUGUUUAGGAUGUUUGGCCUUGGGGCCAGCCUGAGAUAUCUGCUUGUGAAAGUCUCAGGCUGGCACCUAUAUAGGUUGUUUGAUCUGCAAGAAUGUAUUUUAAAAUUUAGUUUGUUUUAUUUCUGUCUUGUUUACAGAAUACUUACAAUUUUGGACAUCAAAUUCUGCAUUGGGAUUUUCUUGGUUUCAGAGCUGUCAAAUUGCGGUGUACUAUUGUCAAUAUGUCUUGGAGAUGGAGAAUAAAUUAAAUGUGGAAAGUA